UCCAGUCGAACAAUUUUUAACUUUUCGUGUUCCAUUUUGUACUUCGCAUCGUUGAUCAACCGUGAUAUAAUAGUUGAGAGGCCAUGAUGCGCAACGUUGAACCCAGCAACAGAAUCAACAGCGGAACAACAACACUUGUUAACAACAACAACAUUAUCCCAUUCCAAUCAUCACUUCACUAUCCCCAACAACAACAAACAUUUAAUUUAUGGGGUGGACAUAACGAAUGUUCAUCUCAACAAAACAUUCAACAACAAACAUUACAAACACAACAACAACAACAAACAUUUCGACCUCACAAAAACAAUGUUGUUGUUACCAGCCAAGAAUGUUUUAACAACAAAGAAUGUUUUAACAACAUUGAAAAACAUAGAAAUGUUUGUAACAACCAAAACAUUCAACAACAACAACAAUUUGUUGGACUGUCAAACUUUGAACAAUUUUAUUCCCAACAACAACAAUACACUCAAGAAUGUUUUUUCUACCCAAUCCAAACACAAAAUUCUUUUGCGUUGGGAAACAAUGUUACCCCAAUGUUUGGCAACACCCACCAAACAACUAAUAGAAGUUUGGGAAUUGAACAACCGAUAAAUCAGGCAAGUAAUCGCCUUUCUGUUGCUGCAAGUAUUGCUACAAGCUAUGCAAGCCAUACAGGGAUUAAUCAAUUGGGAGGUGUUUUUGUAAAUGGAAGGCCUUUACCUACUUAUGUCAGAAAUCAGAUUGUUGAGUUAAACAGAAGAGGUGUUCGGCCUUGUGAUAUUUCAAGACAACUUAAAGUUUCGCAUGGAUGUGUUUCUAAAAUUCUUGGACGAUUUUAUGAGACUGGCUCAAUAAAGCCCGGAGUUAUUGGCGGUUCAAAACCUAAAGUAGCCACUCCAGAAGUUGUACAUGCUAUUGCUAGAUAUAAAUUGAACAAUCCAACAAUGUUUGCCUGGGAAAUUAGGGAAAAAUUAAUUGAAGAGGGAAUAAGUGAUGCAGAAAGUGCUCCUUCUGUUUCUUCUAUAAACAGAAUUGUUCGUAAUAAAUCUCAAUGUUUAAGUGUUCACAAACAUUGUUUGAAUAAACACACAAACAAUCAGAAAAACAUUGCGAGUUUAAAAAGAGAAACAGCUCAACAAAGAACAGAAAUAAAAACUGAUAGAGAAUUUGGAAGUGAUGAAGAACAACAACAAAAAGUAGUCAAUACAACAAACAAAACAAUGGCUAAUAAUAAUUUCCAACAAUGGCAACAACAACAAAAUUUUAUGCAAAACAUUCUCAACAGAAAUACAAACCAAAAUUCUGCUUUACCUCAACCAAUAAAUUCCUUUAACCCUAUUCAGAAUAAUGAAAGAAGUAUGGGGCAAUAUCAACAAAGACAACAACAGAUUGAACAGAAUCAACGUCAAGUGCUCAAAACGACUAAUAAAGUUUCUCCACACCAAACAAAUCCAACAAAUUUCAUCAUUACCGGUAAUAUACAACAACAACCUACAAAUAAUUCAAUUAUUUCAACCGUCACUUCCCCAUAUUUUUAA